CCGACGCAGCCGCAUUAUCAACAUUUUUUACCAAAACAUCAAUAUCAAAAUAUCAUAAAAUCCUUUUAAAAAGUAUUAAAAAUUAAAUUAAAAUCUAUUUUUAGCGUAUUCUGCAAGUAAUUCGCAAUGUCGGACGAAAACAUUUUUAUAUUCGUGCCAAACAUAAUUGGAUAUGCAAGAAUCGUUUUGGCUAUAAUUUCCUUUUAUUUUAUGCCAACAAACUAUAUUAUUGCUUGUUCAUGUUAUGUAAUAUCAGCCCUACUGGACGCUUUCGAUGGACAUGCUGCCAGGUACUUUAAUCAAAGCACCAAAUUUGGUGCUAUGCUUGACCAACUGACAGAUCGCUGUGGUACCAUGGGAUUGGUGGCAGUACUGGCCCAUUUCUACCCCAAGUAUAUGUUUCUGUUUAUUCUAUCUAUGUGCAUUGACAUUGCCUGCCAUUGGAUAUAUCUACAUUCGUCCAUUUUGCAGGGCAAAACAAGCCACAAGUUUGUUGACAUGUCAGAAAACCCAAUAAUGAGACUCUAUUACACCAAUAAAAACGUGCUGUUUGUAAUGUGUGCCGGUAAUGAAGCAUUUUAUGCUGCUUUAUAUCUUCUCCACUUUACUGAAGGCCCUAUUAUUGCAGGUUUGGGAUUAUGGAGGAUCAUCAUAUUCCUUUCAGCGCCAAUAUGUUUCAUUAAGACAGGAAUCUCCCUUCUUCACUGUGUUGUGGCCUCAAAGAAUUUGGCUAUCAUCGAUAUUAACGAGAGAAAGAAUGCUACCAAAAAAGCAUUUUAAAAGAAGUCAAUUUUCCAAAGGCUUUGCUUACUUAACAGACUGGAGAACAUAUUGUGUCAGUACCCCUAAUAGAAGAUUUGUGACCAAAGGAUAAAUAGUUGCUCCAUUGUAAUGUUGUUUAGGUUUGUGUUAAGUCAUACUGUUGUUUUUUGAGGUUAGCUCAUUUUAUUUCUAAUUUUCUAUAUUACUGCUCAUUCAUUUUAAACUCUUUUCAACAAUUUCAUAUUAGUUAUUAUACCUCGUUUUUUAAAUAGGAGGAGUAAUUAAAAUUUACCACACCGUAAUGCUUUUUUGCAAUUGGUCGCACUAAAUUAUAAAAUUUUGACAUUUAUGAAAUUUUCACACUAAUGGCAUUUAAAAUUUAUAGGUUAAUUAAGUUAUAUCGGCGAUUUUUAGUGUUUUCUGUCAUAUUCGUUUAAUUUUUAGAUUUUUAGUCUGAAUUUAUAUAAAAAACAGUUGAUUUUAGAACUCUUUAGCGACGUAUUAGUAUAAUAUAUAUGUUGUUCUGAAGCUAUUUCCUUGUGGAAUUUUUGUAAUCAACUAUUUUUAAUGGGAAAUAAGCCACAAUUUUACCAAAAAAUGAUUUUAUUAACGUUUCCUAGCCCACAUCGGGUUUCGUUGUCAAAAUACAAAAUACUACUUUUGUAUUUUGACAGUAUUUUGUAUUUUGACAACAAAAACCGAUUUGGGCUUCGAAACGUUAAUAAAAUCAUUUUUUUGGUAAAAUUGUGGCUUGUUUCCCAUUGAAAAUAGUUGAUUAAUAUAUAAUAUAUAUGAUUUACCGUCAAAUACCGACAUGAUCAACCAAAAAAGAAGAUGGAUAUUUUUCUAGUGACAAUAUUGGGUGUAAAUCUGUCAUUUGAAUUUACUCCUAUUUAAAAAAUGAACCAUAGUAUAUUUAAUUUGUAAAUAUUUUUACUAAUAAUACAGCGAAAAUGAUAGUCAUAUGAUGAACUACACACAGCUGUCAAACUUACAAACAAACUAUACUAAGAAAAUAGUUUAAUUUUCCAUCAAUAAAUGUUAAAUAUUACAAAUAAAUUCACAACAAUCGUCUGAAAUGAAUAGUUUUGAUAAUAGGGCUUUUCAACGCUUCUCAUUAUUUGUUUCAGGAACUUGUCAUAUGUCGUAGAUUAAUAUUAUAGGACAGAUGACAAGUUCCCGAAACAAAUGAGAAGCGUUGAAAAGUCCUGUAGGACAAUUUAGAUUGUGAAAUGAGCCGCAAAAACUUUACAAAAAAAUGUCAUUUAGAUAUUACUUGCGAGGCGUAUACAGGUUGAUAUUCGGGUCUUUAAAUAUUAAUAUUUUUUAUUUUAAUUUAGCAUAUAACGUGAUAUUAUGAGGCAUUUCGUUUUUAAAACAUUCCUGAUACAGAUUAUUUACUUUGUUAGGCAGUGUGUCCAGAGAGGAACUAUACAAUUACCGAUUAUUAUUAUUACUAGAUAUUACCAAAAAGAAAGUAUAUCAUCUAAAAAUAUGACAUGCCGGAUAGACUUAUUACAAAAUAUGUCUAGAAACCUUGAUAAAAAUAUUGAAGCAAAUGUACGCGUAUAACAUCCAAUGUCUCCCUUUUAGAAUAUUUUUAUUGGCUUUUAUAGUCUAUAAACUAUUAAUAGUUUAUAAACUAUCUUCUUAUUUUUUUUGAUUAGUAUAUUAACUCAGAUUAGUCUAUAUCAGUAUGACAGCCAAAUGGAAAUUUGAUUUAUCACAUCUACCAAAUAUUAAGUUUAAAAAGUGAUAUUAAUUUAUUUCUAUUAGGAUGUGUAGAUUGUUGAUUUGUGAUAUUGUUCCUAAAAUUUACCUAAAAGAUAUAUUGAAACAUUAAAUGUUAGAAUUUAUAUCUUAUUUUAAACAGUCCUUAUUGUGCAUUUAUGUAAUAAUUUACUACAUAUAUUUAUGUCAACAAUAAAUACUUAAUAUCA